AUGGGCAACAACACCUUGAGCUUCGCUUGUGCAACUGACAGCUUAGGCCAGUCGUGUCUGCGCUCUCGCGACUCCUGCUCGCCUGACUCAUACGCUGUUAGCACUGGCAUGUGCUCUGACACGGCAGAAGCCCCAGACUUGUCCCUUAUCAGGAUGGAAGAUGAUGAGGACGAGACAACGACCUCGCCGUCUACCAAGACCAAGACAACGACCACGACGAACGAUGGCGACGCCGGCAGCACCACAACGAAAGUAGCGUCUACGACAGCCAAGACUGAGACCACUGAGAAGACGACAACCACAAAGAAGCCUUCGUCGACGGCGACCAUCACGACCAGCGAGCCAGAUGGAACCCCAACUGCUACAACGUCAUCGAGUCGCCCAGGACCUCCCACUCUCACAGCGACCGUUGUUCCACCUACAAUUACGCCCACCGGAGGUGGUACUUCGGCAAUAUCACCUUCGUCUUUGGGCACCUUGAUGCCAACAGGUGGGAACACAACUUCAACGGCAGCUCCUCUGCCGGGCACAAACCAGGAAGCCAGAGGCACAGACGUAACGGCGAUUGCAGCUGGAGUCGGAGGCGCAAUAGGUGUCUUGCUUAUCCUGGCCACCCUCGGAUAUCUGAUUCGCAAGCGCCGCCACUCGAAGCGCAUGUCCUCUACUCGAGGCUCGUCACCUCCUCCUUUCGACGACAAGACGGGCACUGCCGAAGGAGGCAUGACUGCACAUUCAUCUCUUCGAGUUGAACCUGGUCCCGUGGAACUCUUGCCCGCGCAUGCAAACUCGGUGAACGUGGCACCUGCCCACAGCCACUCUUACAGAACAAUCCCUUCCACUUUGCAAUCAGCCGCACCCCCGGCAUUUCGGGCUGGCUCCUUGAAUAAUAGAGGACAUGCCCAUCUGGCCCAGAGCCAUACCGUAGCUGUUCAUGAGCCUACUGCACCGCUCGUGUCGCCAUUGACACCCGUGGACUACGGAUCUGAUCAUACCUCGAUGGUUGCUGAGCAGACCAUGGCUCAUAUUCCACCCAGACAUACAGAGAGCCCGGCGCAAUACGGUGUGGCCAGUGCAUAUUCUGCACAUCAGAGACCAGCUCGUGGAGUUCCUUGUGGGGAACAGCAUGAUAUCCCGUGGCCGGAUAAUUCUGCCCGAUAUGCGAGCCGCUAUGAGCUGCCAGGAGUCGUUUCCCCCCUCUCGCCUGAAUUUGGCGUCUCUCAACCAGCAGCAUUCCAGCCUCAGUAUUCGCAGCAAGCCGCCCAUGGACCCUCACCGUACGUUGCUUAUCGACCAGGAGCGAGUCGCAGCAGUAGUGCCAACUCGAGCUAUUUCCCCCGUACAGCUGGUCACGUUCAGAAUCGUACUCAUACCACAACACCGCCUCCUUCGUCCAUGCUUUCGCAGAAGCUUUCACAAGACCGUAUAUUGCCUGGUCAGGCACGAUCUGCCACUCCUACAACCGCUGAUCCUCGAUACUCGAGUCGUCAAGGCCAGCCACAAGUGCCACAGAUGUCGCUUCAGACCAGACCACGCCUCGUGCACAUUGGCAGCAGCAGUAGCCUCAGAAAUGUUGGUCGGGCAGCCAGUCCGGCGUCGGGCGUCGAGCUUCCACUGAGGGAGAUGAGCGCAAUUGGUAUGGCAUAUGCAGGUAUCGGACAAGCUGUUUCCUCGGACGAGGGGAAUGUCCAUGGAUCCAAGUUCAGGUCACAGGAAAUCCAGCAGCAGCAGUUCGCUACAGGAUCGAACGAAUCCAGCCAGCCUUCUGUUGGCUACCUUCAACACCAGCGGGCACUGCCGACUGGAGGCCACGGCAAUCCAGCCAGCCUGCGCGCAGAUAUGAACGCAACCGAUGCCGAAAGACGGGAUGACCAUUUUGUGAACAGUUGGCAAAAGUUGUGAAUUGAAUGCCCUAACGGCAUCGAGAAUGGAGUUCUGGGCGUGGCUGGGAAGUGGGAGACGUGGUUCCCUGAGGCGCUUUCGGUUCUGGAGACGUCGUAGCCACAUCCUUUUCUUCAAGGGAUAUUGCACAUGUUCACAAUGCGGUGGAGAAGAUGCGUUUUUGAGGGCAAGCACCGCCAACAAUCGUGUAAGACUCGGGACCUAACGCUUGGUCGGUUAAGGCGGCACGAAGGGGAAAGUAGAG